AUGGUGGUGUUAAGAUUCAAGGAAGCACUUCCACUAGUAACCUCUGAAACAAAAAACGCCUUCCUCUCAAACAGACUCAUAAAGGACAACAUCCUUGUAGCCUUUGAAAUUGUGCACCACAUCCAACACAAGACAAUGGGUGUUAAAAGUUACUCAGCUCGCAAAUUUGAUAUGAGUAAAGCAUUUGAUCGAGUAGAGUGGUCUUAUCUUUGGGUAGUAAUGAAGAAAAUGGGCUUUGAUAGAAAAUGGAUAGCUUUGAUUCAACAUUGUUUGUCAUCCACAAAUUUAUCUUUCUCACUUAAUGGUGAAGUUACGGAUUAUGUCAAACCAACAAGAGGCCUUCGGCAGGGGGGAUCCCCUUUAUCUCUUUUUGAUUUGCUUAGAAGGGCUUUUAAGAUUACUACAAAAUGA